UGUAUGCCUCUGCAAGUCUACUCUGGAUGGUAUCGAGCCAGAAAAGUAUGAAGGAACUUUGCAGAGGGGCUACACCGCGACCUACGACACUCAGAACCUAUCGACUCAACGUGGAUCUUUCCCGAAACAGCCCUCAGUACGCCGCAACUUCCUCUUCCCCGCUGAAGGCUUGAUUGGAUAGGCCGAAGGCCCUCGUACAUACGGCCUUGACACACAGACGAAGACGUAUCCAAACAAGGUCCGAGUCAUCCGAAUGUGGGCGCCCCUCGUGCACCCUCGAGUAAAAGGAAUUCACACCUCGUCGUUCCCAUGCUUCCUUCUGACUCCUUCGCUCGGCUUCGUACCACCAUCGCUGUCUCGCUCUACUGCAGCACUGCUCGCUCGACUGGAUCAGCAUGAACCGAUCGACGACGCCAUCGCGGCCAGCGAUGCGCUGGAAGGACAGGGCGCGGCCCAAAUUACACGAGAAAUACGUAGCGAAGUACGAGCAACUGAGGGCCGAAUCGAAGAGAGCACACGAUGAGCUUCACUGUCAUCCCUCGGAGCGAGCCUCGAGGAGAUCGCAGAUACUGCGGGACUUUGAAGAGCAGAAGCAGCGUCUGAAGGACCAGGAGGAUGCCGAAUGGGCGAAGAUGGUCGAGGAUCGCGUGAAGUGGCGCGUCAUGGAGAUCGACACGAGAAGGCAAGCGGCGGAGAUCGAAAGUAGACAGCGCGCGGGGGAGAUACAGGCCCCGAUGGCGAAGCGGAUGCUAGCAAUGGCGGACGUGAUGGGCAAUGAUGAUCCGGUCGUGCAAGAUUACCUCGCAUCGCUGGAGCGCCGAUGGCUGGACAAGCUACCGAAGCAGACUGAGUUGGGUACAAGUGCCGAGAUGAAGGUUGAUGGAAUCGGCUUACCUGAAUUGGCCGCCCUUCGUAACGCCCUGAGGAAGAAAGACCGCGACUCCAAAGACCCGCCACUACGCCGCACGAUGGAAGCGAGGGCGCAGGCGAAGCCCCACGCACGGCACGGCGGCGACCCAGCGCACCGAUCGAGAGCGCAGUCUACGCCAUCGAUCCCCGCGACGGGGCAGCACGAGACGUCCACGCACGCUCAAGGCAGUCACCGGAAUCGCGCCGACCAGCCGACAUCCGUCCCUUCUCGCCAGCCAGACAGAAGUCCAGCCAAGGUACUCUCACCGGCUGUCGAGAGGGAACGAGGCGCAAAGGGGCAGCAGGGCAGAUACACGAUCCGGAAUCCCGACCCGUCGCAGGACGACAAUGCCUCGCGUUCUCGCGCGCGAAGUCAGACGCAGACCAGGCCACACCGACAGCCGGCCGACACUCUUUUCCGUGCGUCGACCGAGAGGGAUGCCGCUCCUCCGCCACCCCCGAAGGACCGUCACAAUCCCUCGCGUCCCCUCGGCGACCAGACGCGAGAUUCCUCUCGUCGUGCACGAGGCUCGACGGCGCCCCAGGUACCUCUGGCAGAUACAGAGGCUUCCGUUGAUCGUCUUCGUGGGUCCCGCGCCCGACGAACGGUGCCCAUCACAUCGGCAGGAGCUCGUGCGAGGAGCCCACCCCCUCGUUACAGCGACGUUGCAUCUGGCACGUCGCCACACCACGAGCCCCGCGUGGUCGACGGCGUGUCUCGCUCUUCGAUGCCUUCGAGUUCGGGUGCACGCACCGUGAGGGAGAAUGAGGCAGAGAGAGACAGGUUGGAAAGGGUGCUGGAGGAUCUGGCGGAUGAAGAAUACCACCUCCCGAACACCAAGCGCAGGAUCCCGACAGAGCUCGACGACGAAUUCGAUGUGAAGGGUCAAGUGUGGAGGUUGAAGGGCAAGUCGCUGCUCGUCAUACCGUAUCGUGCUGUUUACGAGGCCAGGCGUGCUCGGGAUGAUGUGGUAGACUGCGAAAGGGGAUAUCGACCAAAGGAGGAUAUGCUUGCGGCAAGGGCGGCGUUGAAGAAGGCGACGGACGAAGAAGACCAGCUGCGGCACGACUUCGUAGAGAUAUUGGACCGAUGGGAAGAGGCGCGGAGAAGGGUAACGAGCAGGCUGUUGCAGCGAUCGAGAAGAUGAUGCGGUGUAGACUGUAUGUCGCCAUUGGACGCGCUUUGAUAAGCAAUAUGCCUGUAUUGACGCAAUAAACGAACAAAUCAUAGUACCGCCCCAGAUGGGCGCCAUUCUUC